AUGAAAUUGAGAAUCACCAUGUCCAGUGUUGACCAACUUAGGAGCACUGUUUCCACAUUGCUAGCUCUACGAAAGUUUUGCGUGCUUCGGUUCACCCCAGCUUACCUUCAAUUGAUCCUGGCAUCGAUUUCUGAGCCCCAAGUCUGGGCCAAGAUCAUUAGUGAAGUGUUUGACUCCUACGAGUGUGAAAGUAUCAGAGAUAAUUUGAUCGUCAUGGAAAUCAACGCCGAAUCGUUAUUUACGGUCCUUCGAAACUUCGAGCGUGCCAAUAGUGAUGUUAUGGUCGUUAAACUACAAAGGAAAUUGGCAAACGCCAUUGAUGAUAAUGGAACAAUAAAUAAAGGUGCCAGUGCUAAACGGCUAGCGAGUUUGACGUUUUCGUAUAAUGAAUCUAUUAAUUCGCUGACGGGGACCGCCACCUCGGUAACUCAUACGGUGAAGAUCCCCAUUAGAUUAUUAAGAAAAGAAAGUGACGAAAGGAUCAUUGAGCCCGAAUUACACGCCAUUGAUUUGGUAUUAAGAUUACCACCAACCAUUGGAGCGUUGUUCCGAAGAGCUGAAAGGUUUAAGAAAACCAGAAACGUUUCUGUAUGCGGGACGAAUCAAGGAGAAUUAAGCUUAAUGUUGGAUGAGGAUGGGUUAAGGGUGACAUCUCUGUGGAAUGAAAAGUUGUUAGUCCAGCGAGAGUCUACGGGUGAAGAAGCCGCUGGCGAGAAACGAGAUCAAAAUGAAACCGGUAAUAUUCAAGAUCCAACCUUUGAUCGGGGGAAAAUCACCAAUAGUGUAACAGAAUCUGACGAUGAAGGACUGUUUAUUUCUGUUGAUGUCCGGCUUAAGGAUUGGAGGAACGGGCUUAGGUUUGUUGAGAAUUGCCGCCAUGUCAUUUUGAUCUUGAGUGCGUCGUCCGCAGUGGUACUACAUUGUUCUUUGGACGAUACUGAUGAAGUAGAAAUUAUAUAUUAUAUCAAUGCCGUGACGGGAGAUAUAGAAUUGUGA